AUGAUACAUGCAGAUAACAUAAGGCAAGUCCUAGAGGCUACACUAAAACCUAUAAAGAUAAGGACUCUCCCCAUUGAAACACCUUGUUUGAAAUCCUCCUUACUACUGUCGGCUCUUAAUGGAGCAAUAAUGGCAUAUGCAAAUGCCGAUACAGAUAGCGGAGCUAUUUUUAAAGAUGAUGAAGAUGAUACCCAGGAUACGGACGAAGAAACUCAAAAUACAACAAGCCAAGCCACUACAAUGAAUAAUUUGAAAAUGAUGAGCUUGUUGAUUAAAGAUAAAUGGUCUGAAGAUGAAAAGAAUCCAGAGGCGCAAACGACUAAUUCUUGUUACAUUUAUGAUCUUAAAGAGAAACAGAAUAAGGAUGAAAAUAUCACAGACCAACAAGAGAAAGUUGAACAACACCAAACAACGGAUGGCGGUUCUAGUUUACAAAAACCUACUCCUUUACCUACCGUUGAAGGUAAUGUUAAUGAUAAGAGUAGUUCAAUUAGAAUAUAUACGUAUGCUGUGGAAGAUCUACAUGCUUGUGUGACAGAAAUUCCACGAAGCGAUCUACUACUGUUGUUCAUAGCAGAUAAUUCAUAUCCGUAUGGUUUACUAGUUCUCAAAAUGAAAGCUUUGGUUUCUGCAGUUACAGAUUUAUAUGGUUAUAAAUUGGGAUAA